UUUUGAGUCUUUCAUUCUCAAUCAAAGAGUCAAAAGAGCAGCUUCUCAACUCAGCUAAACACUAGGGUUUCAAAAAAAAAUUGUUCAUCAAAAAAGAAGAUUUUGUUUAGCUGUUGUUCAGAUCGGUUUUGAUAAACAUCUGUUGGGUUUUGCAGCCUCAAUGUGUUGUCGAGCUUCGGAUUUUGCUUAUGGUGAGCCACAUGUGAGGAUGGAUGCUCUCCCUUUGGUUUGGGGCGAUGUUUGUGAAAACAUAGCAUCGUGUUUUCCAUCAGGCUCUUCUUUUUUAACAGAUUAAGUGACUGGGAGUAUUAUGCCGAAGAGAUAGUUCUAUAUUCUUAUAGAAACUAAACAUGCCUAAGGAGAGAAGAGAUAGAUCUGUUUCUUUUGAUAGGAGCAGAGCUUCUCCUUACUCUUGUAGUUCAAGUCACUCAAGGCAAUCGUCGUCCAAAAACCCUUUGGAAAACGAGGAAAAUGUGAAAGACUGGGAAGAUGCUCGAUGCCCAGUGUGUAUGGAACAUCCUCAUAAUGCUAUUCUCCUUUUGUGCUCCUCUCAUGAGAAGGGCUGCCGUCCUUUUAUGUGUGACACAAGUUAUAGGCAUUCAAAUUGUUUUGAUCAGUUCAAAAAGUCAUUUGAAGAAGCUUCAGCAUCAGUUGAGAUCCCAGCGUCAGCUUCUAUUACGGAAACCAACGCAGCAAUAUCAGAAGCUUUGUCUGAACUGCCAACAGGUGAAAGAACUGAAGGUGGUUCGAUAUCCCUAGGUGGGGCUUUGCCUUGCGAGAAUCAUGAAAUAAAGAAGAUGCUAUGCCCUCUCUGUCGUGGUCAGAUAAACAAUUGGAUGGUCGUUGACUCGGCCCGUCGUUACAUGAAUGCUAAAUUAAGAAGCUGCUCUAGUGAGACAUGCGAGUUCACUGGAACAUAUACUGAUCUCCGUAAGCAUGCUAGGCAGGAGCAUCCACUUGUACGACCUACAGAAGCGGACCCUGAGAGGCAGCGUAGUUGGAGGAGGCUGGAAAGGCAGAGAGAUUUAGGAGAUCUGCUCAGUACAUUGCAGUCAUCUGUUGGAGAAGAGGGUAGUGAAAGUACCAGUUUAACCUUCGACGAAGGUGGUUUGUUGACUGUUUUUCUCUUUGUUCGGAUUCUCCAACCUAGAAGUAGUUCUCGAAGUAGUAGCUGGUCAGGCUCUUCAAGAACCCGGGCUCAGGCAACUGGGAGGAGACGACCUUCAAGGAGACUUUGGGGCGAGACUUAUGAUGGGGAAAUUGAUUCUAGAGAUGAUGAUAAUGAACACUCUGAUGGUGGGUCCGGUCCCUUGAGGCGCAGAAUGCGUCGACAACCAACACCAGAAAAUUAAUGCUGGCCUUGCAAACAUGUGUUUGCUUGCUAUCCUCUGGGAUGUUAUCGCUGUAGGCGGGGAAGGUGGAAGGAACCUCGUGUUCCAAGACUUGUGGUGCUGAGGCUGGGGAAUUGAUCGGGCAAUUGAUUCUUCGAUUUGAAGGGUUGGAAGAGUGGAAAUGGAGGAUUGUGUUUGGUUAGUUGUGUAACUUGUAUACAUGUGUUUCUUGAUGAAUCUCAUCUCAGCCUGUGUGUGCUGCAAAUGCUUUAUAAUCUAUUUAUGCUUUGUAUUGAUAAAGUUGGAAAGCAAUUGCUAGUUCUGCUUCUAGUCUUAUGAAUAAACCUAAUACUGCAAUUAAGAUAUUGUGUUCCAUUAUUUAGCUUU